AUCGACGUCUGCCCUUGAGCUCGGGAAAACACGCCGGUGGAUUACGCGUGGCGCUGGGGGAAAGCGGGGAAGCCUUAAUGCCGAGCUCGGUGCGUGUGAUCGCGGGAUGAAAGAGGGGCUACCGGGCGCCUUUAGCGUGGGGAUGAGUUAAGAGUGCGCACACAGGUCGGGGACGGAGACACGGUGCUGAAGUGAGGAGCUUGUGCUCACUAUCUCAGUACAGGACUGGUUCAUGGACGCCGGUUGAUACUUGGAGGACUUUCCUGGGACUGUUUCAUGCCAUGGACGUGAGAAGAAGACUCGUGUGAUUCUACAACCAUAAAUCCUAAUAAACAAAAGAAAAAGAGAGAGAGAAAAAAACACCCCCCCUGCUUUGUGGAUGUGUGCUGAGAUGUGAUGUGAUGUGGUUUUAACAUGAAGGCUGGAAAGUUGUGCAGAAGAAGCUGCAGGUGAAACCCGGACAAUGGAGAAGGCGAGAAGCUCCCAGCAGCAGCAGCAGCAGCCUCAACACCGCAUCAACGUCCCGAGCAACGCCAGGGAGAGAAUCUCCAGAGUGGAUCCGUACGGCUUCGAAAGGCCCAAUGACUUCGAUUACGAGUCCUAUGAGGAGCUCAUGUCUGAGUAUUUGGCCAUUCUCACCAAAAGGACCAUCAAAUGGUCGAAAUUUCUGAAGGGGAGAAGCCACAUCGAGAAGAGUCUUAAAGUAAAGCGUUAUGUCCGGAAAGGGAUCCCAAACGAACACCGAGCUUUGGUCUGGAUGGCAGCAAGUGGCGCACAGGAGCAGAUGGAAAGGAACUCACACUAUUACAGUUCACUGCUCCAGGGGCAACACGACCCUAAACUGGAGGAUGCAAUCCGCACAGAUUUGCACAGGACGUUCCCAGACAACGUACAGUUCCGGAAGACAGCCGAGCCGUGCCUUCAGAAGCCCUUAUAUAACGUGCUGCUGGCGUACGGACACCACAACAAGGCAGUGGGAUAUUGCCAGGGGAUGAACUUUAUUGCCGGGUAUCUCCUCAUCAUCACCAAGGAUGAAGAGAAGUCCUUCUGGUUGAUGGAGGCUCUGCUUAGCAGGAUACUUCCAGAUUACUACACACCAGCCAUGUUGGGCCUGAAGACUGACCAGGAGGUGCUGGGAGAGCUGGUGAAGGUGAAGGUGCCAGCUGUUUGGCAGGCCAUGGUGGAAAACAACGUCAUGUGGACACUGGUGGUGUCACGCUGGUUCAUCUGCCUCUUUAUUGACAUCCUCCCUGUAGAGACUGUUCUGCGUAUCUGGGACUGCCUUUUCUACGAGGGCUCCAAAAUCCUCUUCCGUGUGGCACUCACGCUGAUCCGUCACAACCAGGCCCUUAUCUCGCAGGCUCGGAACCUCCCGGAUAUCUGCGACUGCUUCAAGCAGAUCACCAGAGGACAGUUUGUGGAGGACUGCCAUCCGUUCAUGCAGAACAUUUUUAAAGAGCCCGGAAGCCUCCCCAUGGCGACCAUCACCAAGCUGCGGGCGGUUUGCCGAGCUCGGAUUAUAGCAGAGGAAUCCUGACUCACCCCCUAAUGCUUCAGACAUUCCAGACUUCUAUUUGCACUGUCCUUAUUCUUUUUUUUUUUAUGGCUGAAACUGUUCACAAUCUUGGUGAUAAUGCUAAACUGUGAUGUGAUAGAGGUACAGGGAACUAUAUUCUGUACAGAACCUCAACACUAAACUACACUACAGUUAAAAACCAGGGUCAUAUGCUUAAGUCAAUAAACGAUAUCUAUUGAUCGAUCGAUAGAUAGAUAUAGUA